AUGCUUCAUUUCCGCACUGAAGGCUUCAAUGGGUCCGCCGUCAAAUACUCCCCUUUCUUCGACAAUCGACUAGCCGUGAGCGCAUCGGCGAAUUUUGGCCUCGUGGGAAAUGGUCGUCUGUACAUCCUGGAGUUAACCCCAAAUGGCAUCGUGCCUGCAAAAUUCUAUACAACACAAGAUGCACUCUACGACCUGGCCUGGUCGGAGGUUCAUGAAAAUCAAGUUUUGAUCGCCUCUGGUGAUGGGAGUGUCAAACUAUUUGACAGUUCCGUGAACGACUUUCCCGUUCAAGCGUGGAAGGAGCACAAUCGAGAGGUGUUUUCGGUACAUUGGAACCUCGUUGCAAAAGAAAAUUUCUGCUCGAGUAGUUGGGAUGGCACGGUCAAAGUAUGGUCACCGCACCGAGCACAGUCGCUCCUCACCCUACCGACACAUAGCUGCACUUAUUCGGCGGCAUUCUCUCCUCAUUCUCCAGACAUUUUAUCCUGUGUGACAUCGGAUUCGCACAUUAGGAUCUUUGACCUUCGAACACCUGCCUCCGCUUCCAAUCAUUUAACCAUGCAAAUCCCGAUACACGGUACAUCGCCAGUGGCCGCACCUACGAAAGUUGGUGCCAUGCCCCCUCAACCCGCUGCCGCUGCUCCUCCCUCGGAAUGUCUCACACACGACUGGAACAAAUACCGCUCGUCAGUGCUCGCCACAGCAGGAGUAGAUCGGGUAGUCCGCACAUUCGAUAUUCGCGCACCACAACACGGGCCCAUAGCUAUCAUGCCGGGCCACAACUAUGCGGUUCGCAAACUGGCAUGGUCGCCACAUCUCUCCAGUUUGCUUCUCACAGCCAGCUACGAUAUGACCUGUCGAGUCUGGAACGAUCGGUGCGAGACCCAGGCAGAUAUUGAUCCUAUGCGCAUGGGACCCACUGGGCCUGUUAUGGGCGAGGAGGUGGGUUGCAUGAGCCAUCAUAAGGAGUUCGUGACGGGGGUGGACUGGUGCUUGUUUGGCGCUGAGGGUUGGUGUGGUACUGUGGGAUGGGAUGAGAGUUUAUACGUUUGGGAUGUGAGGGCUUUUAUGAAGCAAUAG